AUGCCGGACUCGCCAUCAGGCGGCGACAGGCCCGCUACUGAGUACAAGGCGUUUGUCGGGGGCAUCCCGUGGACCCUGGACGAUGCCGGCCUCAGGGAGAUGUUCUCCGCGUUUGGCGCUGACAGGGGGGAGGUGAUGCUGGACCGCGCCACCCAGCGCAGCCGCGGCUUUGGCUUCAUCUACUUCAAGGACCGCGAGGGCCUCGACAGCGCCAUCAGGGAGAAGCAUGACACCGAGCUCGACGGCCGCCGCAUCAGCGUAAAGUCGGCCAUCCCCCAGGACCAGAUCCCGCCCGGGGAGCGCGGGCGCCGCGGCGGCUACGGAGGCGGCCGCGGUGGGUACAGCGACCGCGCCGGCGGGUACGGCGACCGCGGCUACAGGGGUGGCGGCGGCGGGGGCGGCUAUGACCGCGGGGGCUACGACCGCGGCGGCGGGCUGGCCCCUGACACCGCCCCGCCCGCACCGGAUGCACGCCCUGACAUACACAGGGGUUAUGACCGGGGCGGCUACGAUAGGGGCGGCUAUGGCGGGUACGAUCGCGGCUACGGCGGCGGCGGCUAUGGUGGCGGCUACGGCGGUGGCGGCUAUGGCGGCGGUGGUUACUCUGGCUACGAGUCCCGCGAUCCGGGGGGCUACGGCGGCGGCUACGGCCGUGACCCUUACGGCGGGGGCGGCUACGGGGGCGGCGGCGGCGGCGGCUACGGUGCGCCGCCGCCCGCCGAGGGCGGCUGGGGCGCGGGCCCUGAGCGCGGGGCGCGCGCGUACACGCAGCCGAGGGCUGACCCCUACUCCCGCCCGCCGGGCCGCUGA